CUUUAUUUCAGAUUUUGAUAUAUUUGGAUUAAAGACCCCCCCCAAAUCUAGAUAUGCAUCAGUGGGAAUUUACGAUGUUUUAUCUGUCGGGUUCUGUAGUACUAGCAGUAUGUUUUUUGUGCAAUUUUGAAAAUGUUACUGGGAAAUGCAUUCCGUCCAAGUGCACUCCAAACACAUGCAUCUUAUCCGAUGAUCAGCAGAGCUGUAAAUGCGCAGCAGGUUACUUUGGAGACCAGUGUGACCAAGUUGUAACAAUCAAGGUGGUAUGUGGAAAAGAUUCGAUCGCUGUCUUUGUGAUCGAAGACUUUUUCAAAUACUACAACGUCGACCUUGAGUCCGUUCACUUGAGCAACCCUGAGUGCCGUGCCAAAAAGGAGGUGAUUGGUGAUGUUGCGUUUUACACAGUGCGGACGCCGAAAGACAAAUACGAUGACUGUGGUGGCCAACCUGUGGAGAAAAAUAUUACCCAUGUGACGUAUUCAUUAAGAAUGAUGUCGGAUCAGCAAGUGUACGCAAACAUUGUAAGGGAUCCGGUCAUAACGAUCGACUACAAGUGCAUCUACCCGUUCAUCCACAUGGUCAGUGUGUCUUCUCCCGUCCUCCCUGUAGCAAGUGAGACCGUAUUGAUGAUGGAUCAUCUGGAUGCAGCUGUGGAAAUAACGGUGUACAGGGACGAGGGGUACGUGGAGGUCUUUGGAGGCAUACCGACUGUGCACUAUAGGGACCGAGUAUUUGUGCAGGUCAGUGUGACUCGGCCAAGAGAUUUCUUCAACUUGAGGGUGGAUGAGUGCUGGGUGACGCAGACCCCUGAUCCCAAUACCACACUGAGCCUCUCGCACACACUCCUGCUGAAUGGAUGUGCUGAUGAUGAAACUAUUUUGUUUAUAGCAAAAUCCAUUACACAUCGUAACGGUACAAUGGAACAAGGGGGACAAAAUGGCGUGGGCUCAACCGUGCGUUUCUCCUUUGAAAUGUUUCGCUUCAUUAUCGAGCCCUAUGAGCUAUUUCUGCACUGCAUUGUUCACCUCUGUGCCCACGGGCAUGGAGAGUCUUGUGUUCCUGAAUGUAAAUCUGUUGUCAAGAGGGAGGCGACCUUAAAGGAAGCAUUUGAGGGUCUUGUGUCUUACGGCCCGAUCAGAUUUAAAGUGACUGAGCAGCCCAAGAUAAAUGUGAUUUUUACCCUGCUGGUGUCCAUGGCUUUUGUCUGGAUGCUGGCACUCUUUCUCAUCCUCCUAAUCUACAUCGCCAAGGCAGGGAGCAAACGCAUGACCACAAACACUCCAACUUAGUGCACCUUCACCAAAACUUUUAUUUUUAUUUAUUUUUACUUUCAGUGUGCUUACAAGGACUUAAUAAUGACUUGUAGAUUUUGGUGAACUAAAGAUGGUGCCGAUGCCA